AGACCAAGGAGAACAGCGCCUUCUGGUCUUUAACAUUCGAGUAUUGCAAAACAUCUGUUUGAAUUUCACACAACGUCAUCCAUCCUGUCUUACAAAUGAUCUAUGUUAGAAGGGCACGUGCACAAAACUGACCCACAUUUUCCAUCACGUCAACGGAGCUCCGCGUAAGGCUGCAGGAUGAUUCCUGCUGGUAGACCCUUUCCAGGAUCUAGAGGAGCCUCUUUUGCUCAAAAUCUCAGUAGAAAUUUGAACACAGCACCAGGACUUGAGAAGUCUCACAAACAACCAGCUUCUUUAAAGGAUUCUUCCCAAUAUCCUGUCAAAGCAAAAGUUUCGCCCCAGAAGCUCAUUGAGAGGUACAUGAACGGUGAAUCAGAUGCUGUGUCUUUGCUCCAUCAGCUGGCCCGGGUUUUUCAAUUUCACCUGGAAAUGAAGGAAACCAUAGCUUCAGGUGACUUGCAGAUGCUUUGUUUUGCUUUCUGUGUGUUGAUUGAUGGGGUGGAGUACAAGACUGGCACUGGAAUAAACAAGAAAGAGGCUCGUCUGAAUGCAGCAAAGCUUGCUCUGGAGGAGUUUCUGCCCUCAUUGGAGCAAUUUAACUUAUCUCUCCCUGAUACAACAGACGUCCCGCCUCCCCUGCCACUGAAAGAGGAAUCCUGUGUUGGUGGCAGCUGUCAUAACAGACCCAGUUAUGAAGCAAAGGUUCCAGUCAACAUGCAGAUUCCCCAUGCGGUCAGGGCUCAGCUCACCAGACUGAUGAGUUUCCACCCUGAGUUCUCGGGCUGUGCAGACACCAUAGCAGCUUUUGUGAUUCAGGCUGGCAGUGAAUGCAAGGUGGUGGCCCUUGGCACAGGAGGCUUUAAUACUAGAGAGAAUAUCUCAUCAAAUGGUCGGAUUUUGCACGAUUCCCAUGCAGUUGUGACUGCAAGGAGGUCGCUCAUGAGAUAUCUCUACAGGAACUUGCUGAUGUUUUACAGCAAAAAUCCCACUCUGAGCCAACAGUCAGUUUACCAGCACAAGAGCAACAGCAACUUUCUCUGCUUGAAAAGUGGAAUCAGCCUUCAUUUGUAUGUAAACAUGAUGCCAAAGGGUGCUGCUGUCAUUCCGUCUAAACUGUACUUGAACCCACUUUCUAUCUCGGCUUGGAAAGUCAGCAAUGAGAUUGGCCUGCACCUGAUGGUAGAGGGCAAGCUGGUCUCGGUUUUCUCAUCAGAGGUAGAAAACCUGGCUUUCAAGGUGGUUAGCAUGUCCACGGCAGACAAAAUCACUCAGUGGCAGGUGAUAGGAUAUCAGGGAGCACUGCUCAGUCACUUCAUUGAGCCAAUCUAUGCUCAAAGCAUUCUCAUUGGUGACUCUUGCUGCAGUGAAGUUCGUGGCAUGGAGUUCUCAGUUUGUCAGCGCAUGGAGGGGGUCACUUCUCAACUUCCCAUGUUUUACUGCAUGAUGAGGCCCCUAAUCAGUCUUGUGCCAUCUGUGGCCAACUGCACCCCCAGCAGCAACCAGCUGACCCAUUGCAUUAACUGGAGUGAAGGAGACAGCACUUUGGAAGUUGUAGAUGGUCUUGAGGGCAAGACUGUAGAAGAAUCUCCAUUUAAGAGUGGCACUACUUUGGCAAGCCGUCUGUGCAAAGCAGCGAUGCUGCACCGCUUUAAACUUGUUGCCAAAGAAGCUGAAAGGCAGGACCUCCUUGUUGCAAGCUCUUACAGAGAGGCAAAGAGAAUGGCAAAGCCAUACCAGGAGGCCAAGAGUGUGCUGCGAGCAUACCUUUGUCAGAAGGGCUUUGGUUCCUGGCUGGAGAAGUUUUCCGUGAGUGAUAACUUCAGCAAAUGAAUGAAGAACAGUUUUGAUUAAAAUGUUAAGCCUGUUCUUCACAGGCAGCUUAGAUAUUGUUUAACAUCAAACUUUUUGAUUUCUAGACUGAUAAAGUUCAACCUUAGUUCAUUUUUUGUAACAACAUGUAUAGAUUUGAGAGUGGCAAUACAAAUGUGUAUUACUUAACAUUCUUUUUUCAGUGUAGCAACCUUUAAGUCUUCAUCAGAUUUGGAACUUGGCAUGUGUUUUUUUUUUUCAAGUUUAGUUUUCAAUGCAUGUCUCUAAACCUAUGUGAAAUGUUAUUACAAUAGUAACAUGCUGAAAAGGUGUUAUAACCAGAAUGUGUGUGAGGGUGUUUUCUUUAUAGACCUAAAUGUGUUCUUACAAGUUGUUCUGCAGUUGCUUCAUAGUUGAUUUGUUCUAUCCACUUUAUAUGAUCACUUUUACAGAAAAUGUGAUAGCUUUAUAUUCAGCAGUUUGAUUUAAUAUUGGAAAUCUUAUGUUGCAAGGUGUAAUAAACAAAAGAUAUAAACUUGU